GUUUUAUUCUUUAUUGUUGGCUAGUGUACAAAAGGGCCAAACAAUAGUAAAAAGAGUAUAUCCAUAGAGCAAUGGGAGUGCUGUCCCACCACAAGCUGUAGCUGUAGCUGUUUUCUUCGUUUAGCAUAUUACAAACGGAUUGUAAAAAAACGAUAAAGAACAGACACGUUUUGGUAGUUAAAAAAGUUUGUGAAAUACUUCUAAUUUUGAUUUUGCAACUGGAUUCGAUUUCGAACGCAUAAAAAUGGUUAACUUCACCGUAGAUGAAAUUCGUGCCAUGAUGGACAAGAAACGGAACAUCCGUAAUAUGUCCGUCAUUGCCCACGUCGACCAUGGCAAAUCAACGCUGACCGACUCGUUGGUCUCGAAAGCUGGUAUCAUUGCCGGUGCGAAGGCUGGCGAGACCCGUUUCACCGAUACCCGUAAGGACGAGCAGGAACGGUGCAUCACCAUCAAGUCGACUGCAAUCUCGAUGUACUUCGAACUGGAGGAUAGGGAUAUGGUAUUCAUUACCAAUCCAGAUCAACGUGACAAGGACUGCAAGGGCUUUUUAAUCAAUUUGAUCGAUUCGCCCGGUCACGUCGAUUUCUCGUCGGAAGUAACUGCUGCGCUGCGUGUCACCGACGGUGCACUGGUGGUCGUCGAUUGUGUGUCGGGCGUAUGCGUCCAGACCGAAACCGUACUGCGCCAGGCCAUCGCCGAGCGUAUCAAACCGGUUCUGUUCAUGAACAAGAUGGACCGUGCUCUGCUAGAGUUGCAACUGGAAGCGGAAGAUCUGUACCAAACCUUCCAGCGUAUCGUGGAGAAUGUGAACGUCAUUAUUGCAACCUAUAACGACGACGGCGGUCCAAUGGGAGAAGUCCGUGUCGAUCCUUCUAAGGGUUCCGUCGGUUUCGGAUCUGGUUUGCAUGGAUGGGCAUUUACACUCAAGCAAUUUGCAGAAAUGUACUCUGUUAUGUUCAAGAUUGACGUGGUAAAACUAAUGAAUCGUCUGUGGGGUGAGAAUUUCUUCAACGCCAAGACGAAGAAAUGGGCCAAGGUUAAGGAUGAUGAUAACAAGCGUUCCUUCGUUAUGUAUGUGCUUGAUCCGAUCUACAAAGUUUUUGACGCAAUCAUGAAUUACAAGACUGACGAAAUCCCGAAACUGCUCGAGAAGAUUAAGGUUACGCUGAAGCACGAAGACAAGGAUAAAGAUGGCAAGAAUCUGUUGAAGGUCGUGAUGCGUAGCUGGUUGCCAGCUGGAGAAGCUCUACUUCAAAUGAUUGCCAUUCAUCUGCCAUCCCCAGUUGUAGCCCAAAAGUACCGUAUGGAGAUGCUGUACGAAGGUCCGCAUGACGAUGAGGCCGCAGUUGCCGUGAAAAACUGCGAUCCUGAAGGACCACUGAUGAUGUACGUGUCUAAGAUGGUACCGACCACGGAUAAGGGACGUUUCUAUGCUUUUGGUCGUGUGUUUGCUGGUAAGGUCGCCACCGGUCAGAAAUGCCGUAUCAUGGGCCCCAACUACACUCCCGGAAAGAAGGAAGAUUUGUACGAGAAAGCUAUCCAGCGUACUAUUUUAAUGAUGGGACGUUAUGUUGAAGCCAUCGAGGAUGUUCCAUGCGGUAACAUUUGUGGUUUGGUUGGAGUUGAUCAAUUCUUGGUUAAAACUGGAACCAUCAGUACCUUCAAGGAUGCUCAUAAUAUGAAGGUUAUGAAGUUCUCAGUAUCACCUGUCGUGCGCGUGGCUGUGGAACCCAAAAAUCCGGCCGAUUUACCAAAACUGGUUGAAGGACUUAAACGUCUGGCUAAGUCAGAUCCUAUGGUACAGUGUAUCAUUGAAGAGUCUGGUGAACACAUCAUUGCCGGUGCUGGUGAACUGCAUCUGGAAAUUUGUCUAAAGGACUUGGAAGAGGAUCACGCCUGUAUUCCGUUGAAAAAGUCCGACCCUGUUGUGUCAUAUCGUGAGACCGUGUCAGACGAAUCGGACCAGAUGUGCUUGUCCAAAUCGCCCAAUAAGCACAAUCGUCUAUUCAUGAAGGCUGUCCCGAUGCCGGAUGGUUUGGCUGAGGAUAUUGACAAUGGGGACGUCAACUCGCGUGACGACUUCAAGGUUCGUGCUCGUUACCUGGCCGAGAAGUACGACUACGAUGUUACUGAAGCCCGUAAGAUCUGGUGCUUCGGUCCGGACGGCACAGGUCCCAACAUCGUAGUGGACUGCACCAAGGGUGUGCAGUAUUUGAACGAAAUCAAGGACUCGGUUGUCGCUGGUUUCCAGUGGGCAUCCAAGGAAGGUGUGCUAGCCGAAGAAAAUAUGCGCGGUGUUCGUUUCAACAUCUACGAUGUUACACUGCAUGCUGACGCUAUCCAUCGUGGUGGUGGCCAAAUCAUUCCGACCGCUCGUCGUGUCCUGUACGCCUCGUACAUUACCGCUGCACCGCGCCUUAUGGAACCGGUUUAUCUAUGUGAGAUCCAGUGCCCUGAGGUUGCAGUCGGUGGUAUCUACGGUGUGCUGAAUCGCCGUCGUGGACACGUCUUUGAGGAAGCUCAGGUUGCCGGAACGCCCAUGUUCGUCGUUAAGGCGUAUCUACCCGUCAAUGAAUCAUUCGGUUUCACUGCUGAUUUGAGAUCCAAUACCGGUGGACAGGCCUUCCCACAGUGCGUGUUCGAUCACUGGCAAAUCCUGCCCGGAGAUCCAGCUGAACCUAAUACCAAACCGUACGCCGUUGUACAGGAUAUUCGUAAGCGUAAGGGUCUGAAAGAGGGUUUGCCGGAUUUAUCACAGUACUUGGACAAAUUGUAAACACAUCUUACUCUUAACAACUACGUGAAUCAAACUAGAGGAAUGCAGCAAAUUCAGCUACAAUUAUUAUAAAAAAAUAAUUUAUAAAUGUUUACAACAAAACUACACCUACACAUUUUCAAUUGCCAGCUGACGAUCAAAAAACCCCCCGCAAUUGUUUCCAGUUGAGUUUUUCCAGAGUUCAGUGAUUACGUUAUUACCGCGAGACAAACAAAAAAAAACAUUCAUGCUGGUUCCGUUGAAGAUGCUGAAUAACAGAUUUGAUUAACAAACAAUAAUGAAACAGUGAUACAAGAGAAUACAGAAAAUGAGAAAUCGUGUUGACAAAAAAAAACAAAACGAACGGAAA